GAUGAAUAUGUCUAUUUAAUGCACAAUACUAUUUGGAAAAACAGAAACCGUUAUUUUCUUCAGAAAGCCAACAGUUGUUUCCUUAUGGAAAAAGGUAGUUUCCAGCAGUUAGAACUAGAGAAGUGUGGACCUUCCAAAAGGAGGACUCCCAGAAGAGUUAUCCAUUUUGUUGAUGGCGACAUCAUGGAAGAAUAUAGCACAGAGGAGGAGGAAGAGGAAGAAAAAGAGGAACAGAGAACAAAUUCAACACUUGAUCCUUCUAAACUUAGUGGGUCCUACCUAUGGUUUUGGGCAGGGAAAAUAGCAAGGACCUCGUUUUCUACAUGUGAAUUCCUUGGUGGAAGAUUUGCUAUCUUCUUCGGUCUGAAUCAACCCAAAUACCAGUAUGUGUUAAAUGAGUACUACAGAACACAAAAUAAGGAAAGUGACAAGGAAAUUGAAGGGAAUGGAUCAAAGGCUCAGCCAGCCAAUGUUUCUAAUGAAAAGUGUCACCUGGAGCCUGGGGGCCGAGAGUAUGGAACGAGACAGCAGGACAUUGCCCAGGACAUUCCUCAGUGGAGCAUCUCAUCCAGGGAGGGCCUGGUGGCAGAUUCUGGCUCCUGAUGGACAGUGGGGCUAUAAUUCCCCUGGAUCUCUGUUCGCGGGUCAUUGAUUACCAUGGCAACAGCAUCACAGGGUAGUGCUUCUGAGCCA